AUGUGCUACGUAGAUAUUACAUUGUCCUCCACAACCCUCUGGAGAACUGUUCCCUUUCCGGUCGAUUGGAGGAAAAUCCUCCAGAGUGGAAGAGGAGAGGGUCAGAGAUGUCUAACGCUGAGAGGUGUUCCCCCGACAUCCCAAUGUGCUCCGGGUCUCAUAUGUGGCACUUCAGGAACUUCGAGAGAAGUUAGUAGCAGUGGGGGUACACUAAUGGAGUGCCAUUGGAGGGCAAUCAAGUAUCUCUCGAACUGUCACUCCGCAGACAUCUCCUUAAGAGUUGAGUCGAGAGUGUCUGUUAGAAAAUCACCUCUCAUUAGGUGA